AAUUUUCAGAAUUUGGCGCGAGGUAGUUUCAUGCUUGAACGGUGUACCCGCAGUUCAUUUGGACACAGAGAGUACCAGAGCUUCACUGUAAUGAAGACGGCCCGUCGUUAAAACUGGAUUAUGCUCACUAUCUUCAAAGAGAGGAACUAAAAAAGUCCCGACACAAUGUCAGUGGCAGUGGAAACCACAGUGUCCAGGGUGCCUCUCCCUAUCCCGACCCACUUCUCACAUGCAGAGCAGUCCUUCUCCCUCAAAAAGCGCCGUCUCCCUUUUUCCUCUUCGUCCACAUCCAACUCAUCCUACUCUUCCCCUGCCCGGCUCUCACAUUCACUGCCCCCGCUGCCGCCAUCCAAGGGAUGUCCCCCUCUGAGCAGGAUGUUCCCCCAGCAACCAUCCCCCUGGACACCCCUUUCACGUUCCCUUAGUAAGUCUCCCCCUCCAAAUUCUGUAUAUGAUCCCAGCAAACAGCAAUCCUACUUCAAUCAGUGCUUCACUAAUUUGGGGCUGCUGGGAAGGGGAUCUUUCGGAGAGGUCUACAAGGUGCAAAGCAACGUGGACGGCCGCCAGUAUGCAGUCAAGCGCUCCUCUCACCGUUUCAGGGGCAAUUGUGAUAGAAACCGUAGCGUAAGGGAAGCCAGAAACCACGAGCGCCUCUGUCCUCACCCUCACAUCCUGAAUUUUAUGGCAGCCUGGGAGGAGUGUGGCCGACUGUACAUCCAGACAGAGCUGUGUAGCACCAGCUUGCUGCUCCAUGCUGAGAACCAGCCUCCUGGUCCAGAUGAGGCUGCAGCAUGGGCCUACCUGUGUGACCUCCUCUCAGCACUGCAACACUUGCACUCGCAUGGUUUUGUGCAUCUCGACCUCAAGCCAGCUAACGUCCUUAUCACUGACUCUGGCCGUCUUAAGCUGGCGGACUUCGGGCUGCUGUUUGAGCUCAAACAGAACAGCAUCGAGUCUGCAGAGGGGAAAAUGAAAGACGACAUCCAGGAGGGAGAUCCCAGAUACAUGGCCCCUGAGCUGCUGCGUGGGGAGUAUGGACCUGCUGCAGAUGUUUUCAGUUUGGGCGUUUCUAUCCUGGAGCUCGCCUGUAAUAUGGAGAUUCCAAAUGGUGGCGAGGGCUGGCAACAGCUCAGACAAGGCUGCCUCCCCUCAGAGUUUACCAGCGUCCUGUCAACUGAGCUUCAGACAGUGCUGCAGACGAUGCUGGCUCCAGAACCAUCUGAAAGGCCGACGGUCUCUGAGCUUCUGUCUGUCCCCUCUGUUAGGAAACAGAGAUGGAAGAGGCGCAUCUACCUUAUGGUGGCAGAGACCACACUGACACUGGUCUCCUUAUGCCAGUCGUUGCUGUGCUUCGGCUAUAGACUCGUGUCCUCCCUUCACUUGCCUUUUCUUCCUCAAUGGACCAAGCCAGAGCCCUGCACUCCUCCUAAGGGCAGCUGGGACAAAGAUUUAACCCUGCCACUCAGUGCCAUGCACGCUGACUCAGGGAGCCCAGAGGACGAUGCAGUGUUUCUGCUGGAUCCCACUGACCCGGAGCUUUCCCCCACCUUCUCACACAGGGUCAAAUCUCGACUGUCCGCAGAGAGUACAUCCACUCCUCUUCCAGGUUCACCGAGACACAAUCAUGGAAGUCCUGCCCACACACCCACCCACUCACGUCUAGGUGACUGGUCCUCCUGUAACUUAGCGCUGACCCCCUCCAGCAUCCACUCUAAUGGUUCCUGCCACACACUAACACCCAGUGCCAGCCCCAUACACGCAGAGCUUUGUCCAGAUAGCAUGAAUGAAAACUCCACGCAGAGCCGACAAUCUUCCUCUGCCAAGUCCUCGCAGCGACGUGCUCGCAGCUGGAUCCGAACAGAGGAGCCGUUACCCCGACCCAACUUUGAACCAAAGAACCUGCUCAGUCUGUUUGAGGACACAACUAUAGAGGGACAGCCAUGAGGACAGAGCGGUCAGGUUACAUUCAGGGGAAAGGUGUUUUCACUUUAAAAAAAAAAAAAAGGAACAUGUGCAUUAAUGUACUUAUUUUGUAUGAACUGUUUUUGCCAGUUUGUAACAGUCUUACAACAGCUUCUUUUAAUGUGUGUUUGAGCUUAUUUAGGGAAAAGGGUUGAAUAUGUACUCAGACCUUAAAGCACUUUUUUAUGUUUGUGUAAAUGCAAUCUGUUGCUGAAAUGACAAGUCAUGAUGUGUUGUGAAAUAAGUUAUCAUUAGCUUGGUAAACUCUGAGGCAUUUACCUCACGAGUUACAGAAGCAAAUAAAACAAA